AUGUUCAAAUCUCUGGCUCUCUUUUCCCUUCUCACUGCUGCUUCGGCACGCAAGUGCACAAACAUUACUGUCCCUGUAUCUCUCACCUCCGAGAAUACAGAGUUCGGCAUUGAGACUCCUCUGUCAAAGAUUGAUGUUACGAAUUUUAUUAUCAAUCUUGCUAGACAGGGUGGUGAACCUUAUCCUCUUACUAUCGCCAAGGGUAAAAAGAAUGUCACCGGUACCUACGAUCUCGCAGCAACAUACUGCGAACCCGACGCCGGUCCUGGCCAUGAACUUCAGAUCAUGACCCACGGUAUCGGGUUUGAUAGGAGUUACUGGGACUUUCCCUUCAAGAACUACAACUACAGCUACGUCGCCCGCGCUGUUGAUCAACACGGCUACUCAACCCUAACAUGGGACCGUCUCGGCAUCGGCGCUUCAUCCAAGGGUGAUCCUCUUAACGAAAUCCAAGUCAACAUCGAAAUCGCCGCUCUCAAAGCCCUAACUCACAAGGCCCGCGAAGGCUCCCUUCCCGGCUGCGGCUGCAGCGGAUACUCCAAGGUCGUACACCUAGGCCACUCGUUCGGUUCAAUUAUCAGCUACGCUCUCGCGAAUGAGGCUCCUGAACUUACUGAUGCUAUUGUUCUUACCGGCUUUACUCAGGCUACUGCCUAUUUGCCUUGGUUCGCUGUUAGCAAUAAUUUUAUCCCUGUUACAGACUCGCCUGCCAAGGGCAAGUAUCCCCCUGGCUAUGUCGCUACAGCUUCAACUGUGAGCGUGCAUACAAACUUCUUCUCUGAGGGGGAUUUUGAUCCUGAGAUGUUGGAGGAGGCGUAUAAGAAAGCUCAGCCUGUUACGCCUGGUGAGCUGUUGACGUUGGGUGGACCUGCUGGUGUGAACAACACAUACACCGGUCCAGUCCAAAUCGUGACUGGAUCACGCGAUAUUCCUUUCUGCGGCGACAACUGCUACUCUACCACCAGUGUAGACGAAGACCUUCCUUCAUUGCUCGACUUUUCCAAGAGAUUCUUCACUCAAGCCUCGCGGUUCAACACAACUGUUGUUCCAGGUGCUGGCCAUGGACUGAACUUUGCAUACUCUCACACUUUUACUUACGAUGCUAUCUUCGACUUUCUUUCUGAGUAA